AAACAAAGAUAAAUGAAAGAAAAUGUGAGGGUAAGAUUUCUCAAAUCUGUAACGGAAUUCAUUUUCAAAUCAAAUUCAGUUGAAUUUCAGUUGGUAGCUUUUAAUUGAAUCUGUACGCAAUUGAGUAUGUUGAAAUUGGGGAACCCUCCUCCAUUAUAUAAGCCCCUUCAAAUUCAAUUUUGUUUAUCUUCUUCUUCUUCUUCAAGAUCCAUCUUCAUGUCUUCCAUUAAUGCUCUUCAUUCUCCCUCUGCUACCUCUCUCCACCCUUCCAUUCUCGUUUUCUCCGGGGGGACUGCAUUUAAUGGUGUUGUUGAGGAGCUUAAGAAGUUGACUACUUCUGUUGCUCAUGUUCUUCCUGUUUCUGAUGACGGUGGGAGUACGGCUGAGAUCGUUCGCGUUCUAGGCGGUCCAGCAGUUGGAGACAUACGGUCAAGAUGCUUGAGAUUGUCUGAUGAAAGUACUUCUGAGGCUCUUGCGGUGCGAACCUUACUUGGUUAUCGUCUGCCUCUUGAUGCACGAGAAGCCAAAUUAGAAUGGUAUGGUAUCGUGGAAGGGGAACAUCCUUUAUGGAAAGAUGUUUCUAAGCCCUACAGAGAAACCAUUCGCUCUUUUUUGGCCUAUUUUCAGAGCCAGAUCCUUAAGAGAACAAAUGAGUCAUUUUGUUUUAGUAAUGGCAGCAUUGGUAACUUCUUCUUUGCAGGUGCACGGAUAUUCUUUCAGUCUUUGGAUGCUGCAAUAUUUCUGUUUUCACGCGUUUCUCAGAUUCCCUCAGAAAGUCUAGUCCUUCCAGUGAUAUCCACCAAUGAUCGACUUACUUUGGGGUGUGAAUUAUGGGAUGGAACGAUAAUACGUGGGCAGAAUGAAAUAUCUCAUCCCACUUGUGGAUCAUUGCAGCCUAUAGAUAAGGUAAAUUCUUCUUCGCUACCAUCAAGGAUAAAACGCGUUUUCUACAUGUCUAGUGAAGGAAGCAAUUUAUUGCACGAGGUCUUCCCUACAGUAAAUCCAUCUGUUCUAGAACAGUUGAGAAACGUGGAUUGCGUUAUAUACGGUAUGGGAUCCCUCUUUACUUCCAUCUGCCCCUCUCUGGUGUUACUAGGAGUCGGGGAGAUUAUAGCUUCAAGAUCAUGUGCAAAGGUACUUCUGUUGAAUGGUACGUAUGAUCGAGAAACUAGUGGCUUUUCGGCUUCGUGCUUUGUUACUGCCAUCACUGAUGCUCUAAACAGAACUUAUGGUCAUCUCAACAAACGUCUAAAAAACAAUCCGAGUGAAUAUAUUAACACUGUUUUUGUGCCGAAAGACGGUCAAAUUCCUGUAGAUAUCAAAUGCUUGGCUGCCCAAGGCAUCGUUCAAGUGGUCCAUGUUAAAUCAAUGCAUGAUCCGAAAGUGGGCAUAGUUUACGAGCCAACAUCUUUGAUACAAGCUCUCGACGACUUGUUAAGUGGAUGCACUAACACACAAAGCUAAUUAACGUGAUAUAACAAUAUCAUUCGAAGUUUGCUCCAGUAUCGAGUCCCUUCACAUCCAACUCGAGGUACGGUUUAGCUCAUUUGGUGUAUAAAUCUCUUGAUUUAUAACACGUGUUUCGAAAACCGUGCAGAUUCAAGAUUUGAAGAUAGAUCAAGUAAAACAAGUAGUCCAUUCAUUUUGUAUAAAACAUAUUAAUAUGCACAAGAUGAUUAAAAGUUUGAUUUUACAUUGAUUAUA